AACUCACGCACGCUGCGGUUGGAUUUUGACAGCGAGGGGGACAGCUGCCUCACACCCUGGAUUAAACCUGUUUCCUCUCCUUUUAUAACCUCCAAAACAACCCAGGAAAUGCAUUUAAAGUUUAUUUUUUAGCUCAACUGGACUGACAACCCGUGAAACAUGAGAAGUAGAAGUAACUCGGGGGUAAAGUUGGAUAACUAUGCUCGGGUCGUGCAGCAAACCAUUCUGCAGCACCAGGACCCGGUGACCGGCCUCCUCCCGGGCAGCCCCGAGCACCCGGACGCCUGGGUCAGAGAUAAUGUUUACAGUGUGGUUUCCGUGUGGGCGCUGAGCUUGGCCUAUCGGAAGAACGCCGACCGAGACGAGGACAAGGCCAAAGCGUACGAGCUCGAACAGAGCGUGGUCAAACUGAUGAGAGGAAUCCUGCAGUGCUACAUGAGACAGCUGGAUAAAGUGGAGAAGUUUAAAUACAGCCGCAGCACCUCGGAUUCUCUCCACGCCAAGUUCAACACAAAGACGUGCGCUCCCGUGGUCGGCGAUGGCGAGUGGGGACACCUGCAGGUCGACGCCACCUCGCUGUUCCUGCUCUUCCUCGCUCAGAUGACGGCUUCAGGUCUGCACAUCGUUUACACUCAGGACGAGGUGGACGUGGUUCAGAACCUCAUGUUCUACAUCGAGGCGGCGUACAAAGUCGCCGAUUAUGGGAUGUGGGAGAGAGGAGACAAAACCAACCAGGGAAUCACAGAGAUCAACGCCAGCUCUAUCGGGAUGGCCAAGGCGGCUUUAGAGGCUUUAGACGAUUUGAACCUGUUUGGAGCCAAAGGAGGCCCUGGGUCUGUGGUCCACGCUCUGGCUGACGACAUCCAGCACUGUCAGUCCAUCCUGACGUCUCUUCUGCCUCGAGCCUCCAUCUCUAAAGAGGUGGAUGCUGGAGUUUUGGCCAUCAUCUCGUACCCCGCCUUCGCUGUGGAGGACAUCGGCAUCGUGAACCUGACGAAGGAGGAGAUCAUCUCCAAACUACAGGGUCGAUAUGGCUGCUGCAGGUUUCUCCGAGAUGGACACAAAACUCCCAGAGAGGACCCAAAUCGUCUUUACUACGAAUCGGCCGAACUGAAGUUAUUUGAGAACAUCGAGUGCGAGUGGCCGCUGUUUUGGACCUACCUCAUUUUGGAUGGAAUUUUCAUCAAGAGCCCGGAACAGGUGCAGGAGUAUCAGGAGGCUCUGGAGGGCAUCCUGAUUAAACAGAAGGACGGGAUCAGACUGGUGCCGGAGCUGUACAGCGUGCCCGCGGACAAGGUGGAGGAGGAGUACGAGAACCCUCACUCGGUGGAGAGAGUCUCUGUGGGAAAAUGCCCUUUAAAGUGGGGCCAGUCUCUGUAUGUUUUAGGAAAUCUGCUGUCAGAGGGUUUCCUGGCUCCGGGUGAGGUUGACCCUUUAAACCGCCGCUUUUCCACAAUCCCCAAACCGGAUGUGGUGGUCCAAGUUUCCAUUUUGGCCGAGACGGAGGAGAUAAAGGAGCUGCUGAUGAAGAACGGCAUCGACGUGGAGACGGUGGCCGACAUCCACCCGAUCCACGUCCAGCCGUCCAGAGUGCUGAGCCACAUCUACGCCAGGCUGGGUCGUAACCCUCGCCUGGGUCUGACAGGGCGCCCCUACAGGAGGAUCGGGGUACUGAGCACGUCUAAGUUUUACAUCAUCAGAAACACCAUGUUCUCCUUCACUCCUCAGUUCAUAGAUCACCAGCAGUUUUACAUCGCCCUGGACAACAAAAUGAUCGUGGAGAUGCUGAGGACGGAGAUCGCGUACCUGGCCUCGAGGUGGAGGAUGAUCGGACGCCCUACGGUGACGUUUCCCAUCUCCCAGACCAUGCUCACGGAGGACCACACAGACCUGGACCCGGCCGUUUUGGCGACGCUGAAGAAACUACAGGACGGAUACUACGGAGGAGCCAGGAUCCAGACCGGGCGAUUGUCGGAGCUGAUGACCACUUCCUGUUUCGCUCACCUCAGCUUCCUGGAUGGUAAGGUCCCCGGCAGCAUGCCCCGCCCACAUGACGACGAUGACGGUGGCGAGGGGGAGGAGGGAUACGUGCAUGAGUUACGCUGUGACGAUGAGGCCGACGACCUGGCCCAGUAUUUAGAUCAUCUUUUGGCCCACGCGACUCCUAAAAAAACUCAAACCCAAAACCUUGCGGUGGGAGGGCUCAGCCGCUUCAAGGCUGUGGCCACCAAAACCAAAGAGAUGGUGUCACUCAUGAACAAGGCUCAAGAUCUCAACGUGCACAACGUGAACAUGUACCUCCCAAACAAACUGUUCAGGACGCGGCAUCCGUCCCUCAACCUCAGCAUCCCAGAAUCCCCUGCUCCACACAAGACCGAGACUCCGGAGGUGACGGUGACUGCAGAGAGUGGGAUUCCACGAGAUUCUUCUGGAGCGAUCGAUUACAACGCCCUGGUCCGACUGCUCAAAGAAACGCCCUGUCUGCAGGACCAAGCAGACAUCCUCUACAUCCUGUUUAAAGACAAGGGGAUGUCCUGGGACACUGGUCUCCAUGGUAAAGGCAGCUCGGUGCAGACUCUUCUGUCUGACCUGUACCAGAGGGUGGGGCAGCUCAAGCACUGGGGCCUGAUCCGGAUGAUCUCAGGAAUGCUCAAGAAGAAAGUGGAGGAGCUGGACUCGGCGUGCUCAGACCUCCUGGCUCAUCAGAAACACUUGACGGUGGGUUUACCUCCAGAGCCUCGGGAGAAAACCAUCACGGCUCCGAUUCCUCCGGACCUGCUGUCGGAGCUGAUCGACCAGGCCAGCGACGGGAACAUCAGCGUGGCCAUCCUCACACAGGAGAUCAUGGUGUACUUGGCCAUGAGCAUUCGGACGCAGCCGGACCUCUUCAGCGAAAUGUUCCGGCUCAGAAUCGGACUCAUCAUUCAGGUCAUGGCCACGGAGCUCGCGCAGUCGCUCAGCUGCUCGGGAGAUGAAGCCACAGACAGCCUGAUGAACAUGAGCCCGUCUGAAGUGAAGAACCUGCUGCACCACAUCCUGAGCGGGAAGGAGUUUGGAGUCCAGCGCAGCAUGCGUGAGAUCGAGGCCGGGGUCAGUCCUGCCAUUUCCAUCCAUCAGCUCGGAAACACGGGGGCGACGAAGAGCGAACGCGCCGGAAUCAGCAAACUCAAGAGCGACAUGAAAAUGCUGGAGCACAGGUUGUCUCUGUCAGAUGCCGACCGCAGGUUUUCUCUGGCCGACACUUUCAAGGAGCCGAGACUGUCUCUAACUGACUCUGUGCAGGAGAUGAGCCGGAGUGUGUCUUUGACCGAGUCCGUGAAGAGUUUAAUUUCCCAGUCGAUGGAUUUAGACAACAUCGAAUCAGGGAGGUACCGGCUGCCCUCCAUCGAGUCCCUGGACAUCCCCGACUCGUUCCCCCCCGUGAAGGACACUCGGCACGGGCAGUGGCUCAGGAGGAGGAGGCUGGACGGAGCUUUGAACAGAGUCCCGGUCGGAUUCUAUCAGAAAGUCUGGAGGAUCCUGCAGAAGUGCCACGGUUUGUCCAUCGAGGGCUUCGUGCUUCCCUCCUCCACCACCAGAGAGAUGACCCCGGGAGAAAUCAAGUUCUCGGUCCACGUGGAGACGGUUCUGAACAGGGUCCCUCAGCCCGAGUACAGACAGCUGCUGGUGGAGGCCAUCUUGGUGCUGACCAUGUUGGCCGACGUCGACAUCCACUCCAUCGGGUCCAUCAUCCACGUGGAGAAGAUCGUGCACGCGGCCAACGAUAUGUUUUAUAAGGACCAGGUGGAUCUCGGAGCAGAGGAGUCCAUCCUGGAGCGAGACCCGUCCACCGGCGUGUGCAGACUCCUCUACGACAGCGCCCCCAGUGGCCGCUUCGGGAGCAUGACGUACCUGACUAAAGCCGUGGCUGUUUACGUGCAGGACUUUCUGCCCGGCGGCUCCUGUGCCGUGCAGUAACUCGACAAAGAGUUUCCGUGUAUUACAAUAUUCACUGGAAGUAACGGUUCAUUAUAUUUAAACUAACACGUGUUCUGUGCCUGCGUCUGAACUUAGGGCUGCGCAGUUUGAGUCAUUUUAAGUCUGCGAUCGCCUUUUAAUAGAAGAAUAUAAUCGUACCUGUAGUUUAGACCUCUGCAAACGUGUCAGAUGCCCUCCCAGUGUCUCCAUAGCGUCUUAUUCUGCGUAAAAGCUGCUCACCCUGCAGCUUAAACCUCUACAAACAUGUCCCUGUGUGUCGGAUGCCCUCCCUCUGUCUCCAUAGCGUCUUAUUCUGCGUAAAAAGCUGCUAACCCUGUAGCUUAAACCUCUACAAACACGUUCUGAAAUACGUGGGAUUCAUAGUUUAAAGUUCAGAUUUCAGUCUUGUCUCAAAUAUUAACGCUCUUGGAGUUGUUUCCCGUGUCCACUCUGAACAAAAUCCUACUUUUUAAACAUUUAUCUCAAAUAUAAUCACAAUAUUUCUCCAAAAACUGUGCUGCCCUGUCUGAAAUUAUGGUACUGGACGUUUCUUUUCUUGUUACCGACGACUAUUUCUUUUUAAUAAUCCACGCUGGUCAAAACAAACGGGACGUCAGGGAGUUUUUCUGAAUUAAAGACGCAUCAUGGAACUUUUUCACGCUAAAUAAUAUAACUGCGUGUCCCUGCUUUGAUUAUAUUAACCGUUUUUAUUUUUAGAAUGAAAAAAAUCUAAGUGCAAUUAUUGUCUUUGUGCAGUCGAACAUUGUCAAGAGAUUUGUUAAAAAAAUCUAGAGGUUUAAAGACGCACUGUGUAACUUUUUCUAGCGGGAGGGUCUGCCACUUGCUCGUCUCCAUGGAGAUGUUAUCACUUUACCUGGAAUGUUCCACAGUACGACACAUUCUAACUGAUCGAACGAGCGCUGGUUUAAUUACAGUCGUUUUAGGAGCUCAAAAGGUAAAGCCACGGUCGCCUCUCCGCAGAUCUGACCUGUCACGUGCCCUGGGUGUGACUUUUCUGGCAAGAGAGUACACCCCGCCUGCUUGUUUCCACGGAGAUAGAUGCGUUUCAUGCCAUAACGCGGAACAUUCUAAGCACAGAAAUAACAUCCACGCACACAAGCAGGUCGCUGCUAGAAAAGUUACACAGUGGAGCUUUAAAAUGUUUCAAAAUGCCUUGUUUUCUACUGAGUAAUGACGUCAUCGCUCAGCAGUAGUGGUGGGAAAAGUACUCGAUUUUGUUACUUAAGUAAAAGUACAGAUACUUGAGCCAAAAAAAUAAAAAAUACUCAAGUAGAUUUUUUUCAUUUGACACUUUUACUUAAGUACGUCUUAAAGUACCUGUUUAAAAACGCACUUAAAGAGUAAAAAGUAAAAGUAUUUCACGCAGAUUUUGAGUCUUACGAAGCUUCAAAUGUCGUGAGAUAAAGAUUUGUUCAGAAACGAUUGAUUAUAUUUGUAUAUUUUUCUUUGUUCAAAUUAUACGUGUUAAAAAUAAACCCUCAAAAAAAUAAAUAAAUAAAAUACUUUUACUUUUCAGUCCAAUUCAAACAUGCAGUAGAGUAGAAAGUACAGGUUCUGCUCUCAAAUGCAGUGAAGUAAAAGUAAAAAGAAGCACACUGUAAAAUCUGCUUAAGUAAAGUACAAAUACCUCACGUUCUUCCUUCAGGGCAGUACUUUACUACGUGUAUUUGGUUACGCUCCACCGCUGCUCCACAUCAGAGACGCAAACUGUGAACGAGAAACAUUAUGCAAUAAAACUGUUUACUGUUACUCAAAAAAACAAACAAAGAAUAAGUAAGAAAUACAGUAGAAAGUCUUUAUUUUCAAAUGUACUUCUAAAUACAAGUUUGAUAUUUGAGACACAUUUUAAAUUGUGCUGCAGUUUUACGUUUCAAGAUAUGACAAACUGGAUUUCAGAAAAUACUUUACAGUUUUAGUUUUACAUUUUCAACAAUAAAAUCAUGUGUAAAGGUGUUUUAUUAUUAUAUUUAUCGUUAAACCUGCUGUUAACCUGCUGUUUUCUUUACGUCCAAAUGCUGUUUGUUCAAUAGUUGAUAUUUAAAGGUCCUAUAUUACAAAAAAAAAGUACUUUUCUGAGGUUUAAGUCGUGUUAUAAUGUCGUUACCUCCUCAAAAACAGACCCGGGGUUGUGUUUUUUGUUUCAUUCGCGCACGUUUCAAACCUCAAAACGCUCUGUUCCACCUUGUGAUGUCAUGAAGUGGUCGUUUUCACCAGCUCAUAUUUACCUUUUGUGCAGCGGAGACGGAAAUCAUCCAAACGAUUUGAGAAAUGAAGGUGCGUGGAGUUUAAAAACACACCGGAGCACUUCCUGUAUCGCCACACGAUGACAUCACAAGGUGGAACGGAGCGUUUUCUGUUUGAGAGAAGAACUCCAGGUCUGUUUGUGAUGAAAAACAUUAUAAAAUAGAUCAGAAAACAGCGUAAUGUGGGCCCUUUAAUGAUAAAAACAAAUGUAGUUCAUAUUAAUUGUGUAAAUGGGCACUUAACCCUUUAAUAUAGAGCCUUAAUAAUUACACUUUAAUAUGAUUUUGGUGCCUUCAUUUCAAAGUUUGCACUGGACAGAUACUUUUGCAAAUACUUGAGACGUUUUAUUUAAAUGAUGACUGCAGAUAGAAUUAUUAUUAAACCCACGAAAAUCCAUCAAAAUCUCUGAUCUAAGGGUAAAAUUACAGUCUGGAUGUUCAAUUUUCGUCAAUUUACUCAUAAAAUCGUCACUUUUAGACGCUGUAAUUUCAUUUUUACCUAAUUGUGUGAUGGUACUGCACUUUUAUUACCGUAUUUUUCAGAGUAUAAGUCGUAGUAAAGUACAAGUCGCUCUGGAGUAUAAGUCGCACCAGCCAAAAAAUGCAUAAUAAUAAAGGAAAAAAAACACAUUUCACGUAUAAAUCGCACCUGAGUAUAAGUCGCACCCUCGGACAAACUAUGAAAAAAGUGCAACUUAUACUCCUGAAAAUACGGUAAUAAAGUUUCAGUUUUAUUUUGGUUUAUAAUUUCAAAAUUGUGUCUUUAAUUUGUGCUAAAGUCUAACAAAAACUGUCAAAAUGCUGUACAAGUAUGUGUCAAAAAACUGCAUGAACAGAAAGAACUUUUGUAAUGUUCCAAACCAGGAAGUAACGAGGUGUUUGUGCAUGUUUUUGUUUCAUUUUAAUACUCGAAACGCAAGUGUGUACGACAGGUUUGUUUCUAAUCCUGACUUGGUUCGGUGGGAUAGUAACUGCGGUGAAUAUUUAUCAAAGUUUUUUCCAGUUUGUUGAAGAAAAGUUGAAAAAGUAAAGUAGCGCUGAGAAAAAAAGCUAAAAAAAUGUGCGCUAAAAUACGUAAAAUCCCAUCCAAAACACAUUUUUCUGUCAGUUUAAACAUUAAUAUCAUGUUAUUCUUUUGAAAAAUCUUAAAUAUGUUACUACUUUAAGUACAUAUCACGUGUUAGAAGUCACAAAAGUACUAUGGCCUUUGCUUUGUAGUACUGAAAGCAAUGCAUUAUGGGUUUUUGAGUCCACUGUGUAUAUAAUGUUGGUCUGAAUGUGUGUUAGCCUUAGCCACGCACUUAAUUUAUUCAUCUGGGAAAAGAACGCCACAGUGACUGAUGUUUCUAAUGCAAUAUCUUACAUCGUCUCCACGGAAACGGAUGAGUUUAAUGCCAUAUUCUGUGGAGACGAACUCAUCAUUUCCGUCCGAUUGUGGUUUCGUUGGUUCAUCCACUCCACGGCAGUUUAACGUUUGAACAUAAACACAGUCUGGGCUCGUUUCACUGUCGGCUGAUGUUUCUGGAUGUGAUUGUCAUAAAAAUAAAUAAAUAAAAGUCGAA